AUGAAGGUGGAGAGGAAGACCUCCUCUACAGGCAACAGUUUUACUGACAUUCCUCCACUACUGACGCUCUUUGGCCUCCUCCUCCUCCUCCUCUUCACAGGUGAGGCGUCAGGGGUGAAUGUGACCAGCCAAACCCAGGUGGUGAGGGGAACGGUGGGCAAAGAGGCCCUCUUGUCGGUCAGCUACUCCAGCAGCAGCUCAGACAAGCCUGUGAUUAAGUGGCAGAUAAAGAGGGACAGAGAGAAACCCAUCACCGUCGUGCAAUCCAUAGGAAUAGACAUCAUAGGGACCUUGAGGCCGGAGUACCGCAACCGCAUCCUGGUGUUUGAGAACGGGUCUCUGCUGCUUCACAACCUGCAGCUAUCAGACGCAGGGGCGUACGAAGUGGAGAUCUCCAUCACCGAUGACACCUUCACUGGAGAGCACUACAUCGAGCUCACUGUGGACGUUCCCGUGUCCAAACCUUACAUCCAGAUGAUGGCCUCGUCUGUCCUGGAGUACAGCGAGCACUUUAACCUCCACUGUUCCCACGAUAACGGCACAAAGCCCGUCUACGGCUGGCUGAAGGGGGGCAAGGUGCUGACCAAUGACUCGCACCUGCUGCUCUCGCAUGACCAAAAGGUGCUGACCAUCUCACGAGUCCUGAUGUCGGAUGAUGACAUAUACGCCUGCACGGUGGAGAACCCCAUCAGCAGCAUGAAGAGCAUACCUGUCAAGCUCACAGUCUACAGACGGAGCUCGCUAUACAUCAUCCUGUCCACCGGUGGCAUAUUCCUCCUAAUCACCCUGGUGACAGUGUGUGCCUGUUGGAAACCAUCCAAACAGAAGCAUCGACCUGUCCCCCAAAGAGCUCCCAUCUAUGUGGAGCAGAGUGAAAACGGCCAUGAUGUUGAUGUUGUUCCCAAACCAACCACACUUGGUCGAAGGAGUCCCAUGCCGCUUUAUGUUCUCAAUGAAGAUGAGACUCUGGAGCGUUUGGAAGAAUGUUCUAGCAAUGCUGUCAGCCAAUCAGAAAUUAGCAUCCCUACCUACGCUCCAGUCCUUCCCCACUCCUCCAACAGAACUGAGCGGCCCAUUUGGUCAACCCCACGCCGAUACCCCCGCAGCCCCUCUCCACUGGCACAGCCUCUCCCUCAACCCCUCCCGUGUCCUCCCCUGCGCCCCAUCCGCUCACCUGCUCACUCACCUGGUUCGUCCCCACGCAGUUUCAGCCCCAUAAGAAAAGUCCGCCCCCCAGUGGGCAUCCCAACCAGUCACCUGCCUGUGGAGGCAGAGUGUCCAGACCCUUGUGAUCAGACUCAGUGUCCCCCCCAGCAGUGA